AUGUCGACAGCUCUCCUUCGCGACGUCAAGCCCACCAGGGACGACUCCUCGUCGACUGACGAGAAGUUCUCUGCGAAGACAGAUGCUUACUCUGUCAAAGACUUCAAGGUGGCCCCUCUGGGGGCACCCCUGCCCGAACGACAGGGUAACCCUUUCGCGAACAUGUUCCGGAAGGCACCUCGCGUGGAACUCGAUGCUAUCGCUACCCAACCGUCUGUCUUUGACGACCCUACGACCCUUGAGGCCUAUCGCCCACCACCUCAGUACGAAAAUAGUCACCGUUUCGACCCCGACGCCCGGUGGACAUGGCGCGAAGAAAAUAAAGUUGUCCGAAAAGUGGACCUCCGCAUUAUGAUCUGGGCCUGUGUUAUGUUCUUCUCCCUCGACAUCGACCGGAGCAACAUCUCCCAAGCCAACGCUGAUAAUUUCCUCGACGACCUCAACCUCACGACUAACGACUUCAAUUUGGGCAACACUCUUUUCCGGUUGUCUUUCUUACUUGCGGAACUUCCUUCCCAACUUAUCUCCAAACGUAUCGGCCCUGAUGUAUGGAUUCCUUGCCAAAUGGUUGCGUGGAGCACUGUGUCAUUGGCCCAGUUUUGGCUGAGUGGAAGGAAGUCGUUCCUGGCUUGCCGAUUCUUGCUCGGUUUCAUGCAAGGUGGCUUCAUCCCCGAUGUGGUCCUCUACCUCUCCUACUUUUACACUAAGCGAGAACUCCCUAUCCGCAUGGCCUACUUCUGGAUCUCUAAUUAUGCUGCUGACAUUAUCAGUGCUUUCCUCGGCACUGGUAUUCUCCGCAUGCGUGGUAUUGGUGGCAAAGAGGGUUGGCGAUACCUCUUCUUGCUGGAGGGUAUCAUGACUCUUCUUGUUGGGGUUGCGUCCUUCUUCCUCAUGCCUCCCGGUCCUACUGAAACCAAGACUUGGUUCCGUCCCAAGGGUUGGUUCACCGAAAGAGAGGAGGUCAUCAUGGUCAACCGUGUUCUUCGAGACGAUCCCUCCAAGUCGGACAUGCACAACCGAGAGGGUCUUUCCGUCAAGAUGAUCUGGGAAGCCAUCUGCGACUGGCGACUGUGGCCUGUCUACGCACUUGGCCUCGUUCAUAUGAUGCCCGUCGGUCCCCCUCAAAUCUACCUCACCCUCUCCUUGCGUAACCUCGGCUUCAACGUCACCGAAACCAAUCUCCUUACCAUCCCAUCCGUCGUCAUCGGUGCCGCUAUGCUCAUCUUCACCGCCUACUUCAGCGAAGUCGUCAACAGCCGAGUGUCUGCUACGAUCAUCCUCCAAGUCUGGGCUUUGCCCCUCCUCGUUGCCCUUUACACCUUUGACAAAUCGACAUCCCAAUGGGUCUACUUUGCCGUAGUCACACUGGUCACUGGUUUCCCAUACGUCCACCCCAUCCAAGUGGCUUGGGCUUCACGCAACUCGUACAGUGUCAGGACUCGCACCGUCUCCGCCUCGCUCUACAACAUGUUUGUCCAAACCGGCGCCAUCGUCUACGCCAACAUCUACCGAAAGGACGACGCUCCUCUCUACAAACGAGGAAACCGUCAACUGAUCGCCAUUUGCUGCAUGAACAUCACCCUUUACAUCCUUACCCACUUCUUCUACAAAUAUCUCAACCACAGGCGCGAGAAGAUCUGGAACUCAUGGGACGAGAAACAGCGCGCCGAGUACAUCGAGACCACGAAGGAUGUAGGUAACAAGCGCCUCGACUUCCGAUUCGCAUACUAG